AUGCUGGAUGGGACGGGCUUGAGGCUGCAUGGCCGGCUGCUGGGGCACGCUGACCUGGAGGCCGCGCAGCGACUGGUUCCCACCUGGCUGCCGCUGCCGCCUGCGGUGCGCGCCGCGCUGCCGGCCAUCUGGACCCGGCUGCUGGGCCAUCCGGGCUUCAACGCCGAUGUGAUCGAGGAUCUGAACCGCCCGCCAGGCCAGCGCAUCGUCGGCCUCGGCGUGGCGAUCGCGCUGGAUGCGCGCUGGGCGCGGUUGCUGCGCGAAGACCCGCCGGCCCACGCGCCCGCCCUGCUGUACGAGGAACUCUCGGACGGCCGCUUCCUGCCCCCGGCCGACAAGGAACUCGCCCGGCUGAACGCGCGCGGCGAGGUCAGCUUCCUCGUGCUGCACUACGACCAGGUGUUGACCGAUCUGGCCCACCCGGACACGCUGGAGCUGCUGUCGGUGGCGAUGUCCCUGUUUCGCUUCGCCCACGCCGGCUACCGGCUGCAAAGCCUCUAUCAAGAAGCCACCGAUGAGCAAAGCGGCUACAUGCUCAGCAUGGGCUUCAAGGCCCGGACCGCCCGCCAGCGGGCGGGCCAGCCGGAGCUUUAUGGUCUGCACCGCGAGGAAGCUGCGCGGCUGCUGCCCGGCACGCCGGUGCGCGACGCCUUCCAGUUCACGCCGCCGCGUUUCGGCUUUGCGCCCGCCGAGCGCCGGCUGCUGCGGCUGGCCGUCACGGACCUCACCGACGAAGCCAUCGGCGACGAGCUCGGCAUCUCCGGGCACGGCGUAGGUGCCUUCCAGCCAAUCCAGGCGCAAGGCCGCCCGCGUGGCCGCAGCGAUGGCCAUGACCGGCGCAAACGAGAGCCCAUUGGCCGCAAUCAGGUGGUUCGCGACAAACAGGCCGCCGAUGGCGUUGUUGGUGUUGAAGGUCGAGAUGCCGAAGGCGUCGAAGCUGCCCGCCAGCUGCUGCAGCACGUCGACCGCCUCGAUCGGGCUGAAGCUGCCGGCCGGUGGCACCGCAGGCGACCGCAUGAAAUCGCUGGAGACGAACUGGACGAUCACCCCGGCCGUGCUGGCACAGGUGAUGUCGACGCCGCAGUCGUAGAAGGUGCUGCGGACGAGGCCCGCGGACGCGGUCCCGGCGCCCGCAAGCCCGGCGACGGCAGUGAGAACCAGCAACAAGGAGCGGAGCGCUUUCAUGGAGACCUUCCUGGAUGGGGGGCCAGCGGCCCGGGCGGCCCCGACGCAUCAAGGACACUCGAGCUUUUGGCCAUCAGGCUGCUCCUGUCCGAAAUGCUGCGCGUACUGGGCCUGGAAGCCGAUGUGGCCAACGACGGGCAGCACGCCGUCCAGAGCUGUCUGCGCGAUCCACCCGCCCUGGUGCUGAUGGACCUGGACAUGCCGGUCCUCUCGGGUAUCGACGCCACCCGCCAAUUGCGCGAGCUGCAACGCCUGGGCCAACUGCCCAGGCUGCCCAUCGUGAUGGUCACGGCUCGCACCGGGCCCGAUGACCGUGCCAGGGCGGCUUCCGCAGGCGUGGACGCUUACCUGGAAAAACCCGUGAUGCUGGACACGCUGCAAGCCGUCAUCCACCGUGUCAUGCCGUCCGCCGGUGCGGCAUAG